AUGCGUUUAUCUUCGAAACGACAGAUUGUCCACGAAUCAGUUCGUUUGUCAACCGAGCGACACAUUUUCCACCAAUCAUUUUGUUUAUCGACCAAACGACAGAUUCUCCACCAAUCAAUUCGUUUGUCAACCGAGCGACACAUUUUCCACCAAUCAUUUUGUUUAUCGACCAAACGACAGAUUCUCCACCAAUCAAAUUCGUUUGUCAACCGAGCGACACAUUUUCCACCAAUCAUUUUGUUUAUCGACCAAAUGACAGAUUCUCCACCAAUCAAAUUCGUUUGUCAACCGAGCGACACAUUUUCCACCAAUCAUUUUGUUUAUCGACCAAAUGACAGAUUCUCCACCAAUCAAAUUCGUUUGUCAACCGAGCGACACAUUUUCCACCAAUCACUUUGUUUAUAUACCAAACGAUUAAUCAUUCUUCAGUCAAUUCGUUUAUCUACCAAACAAUAUCUUUUCCUCAAAAUAAUUCGUUAUUCGACCAAACGACGCAUUUUCCGUCCCUCAGUUUGUUUUUUGAAGGGACGAUAG